GAUCUCUCUGUUUCUAGCUUCUCCGAUGGCUUCCACGACCAAAGAAAUCGUCUCAGAGAUCCCAAAUCUCAUCAAGCACUACAAAGAUGGCACAGUCGAACGCUUGAUCGCCGACCCACACGUCCCCCCAUCUCUUAACGACCCCCAAACCGGUGUCUCCUCCAAAGACAUCACCAUCUCACACAACCCCUUAGUCUCUGCUCGCCUCUACCUCCCAGCUCAAAACCAAUCCCAGAAGCAGCUUCCCAUCUUCGUCUACUUCCACGCCGGUGGCUUCUUCUGUAGCUCCGCCUUCUCCUUCUACCACCACCGCUACCUCAACCGCCUCGUCUCGGAAGCUCAAGUCAUUGCCGUCUCAGUCGAGUACAGGCUCGCCCCGGAAAGCCCUCUUCCUGCUGCUUAUGAAGAUUCCUGGCUAUCUCUUCAGUGGGUUGCUUCUCACUCACUCCAUGAAGAUGACACUUGUAACAACAAAGAGCCGUGGCUAGCCGACUUCGGGGACUUUGAUAGAGUUUAUAUUGGUGGAGACAGUGCUGGUGGUAAUAUCUCACACAACAUUGCUAUCAAGGCUGGAGUGGAGAGCUUAAAUGGUGGAGUCAAGAUUUUGGGGGCUAUUCUAUCCCAUUCGGGUUUCUGGGGAUCCACGCCGAUCGGGUCGGAGCCUAGAGGCGAAGACUUUGAGAAGUCUCUGUCAUAUCUGGUUUUAAAGUUCUCUUUUCCUUGUGCUGAUGGAGGCCUCGACAAUCCGAUGAUUAAUCCGAUGGCUCCCGGAGCUCCGAGUUUGGCCGGGCUUGAGUGCUCUAGGCUCCUUGUUUGUGUCGCUGGCAAGGAUGAACUGAGGGAUCGAAACCUCUGGUAUUAUGCUUCCGUGAAGGAAAGUGGAUGGAAAGGUGAAGCGGAGUUGUUUGAAGUGGAAGAAGGGGAGCAUUGCUUUCAUAUCGCGUCGGACGAAGUGACUGAGAAUGUGAAGAAAAUGAUCAAACGGAUGGCAGAUUUUCUAGUCUAG